GCGUGACAAUAAAACCGCAGAGGCCGGCCGUUAGUUCAUAGUGCAAGAAGGAAGAAAGGUUUUCGGACGUUCAUUUUGUUUCAUUCUUUUUAAUUUUAGUUUUCUUUAGUCCCUAACUUACAAUGGCUUCGGUUGAGGAACUGUGGAACAAACUGAAGAGUGCAGCUAACUGCAAAUCUCUUCUGAAGAAACAUCUUACAGAGGAACGCUACAAUGGUCUCAAAGACAAGAAGACGAAGUUCGGCGGAACUUUGAAAGAAUGCAUUCAAUCAGGCUGUCUGAACCCCGACAGCGGUGUCGGUAUCUACGCCUGCGACCCCGAGGGCUACACCGUCUUCUCCGACGUUCUCGAUGAGGUCAUCAAGGACUACCACAAGGUCGACAAGCUUGACCACCCGGAACCAGAUAUGGGCGAUUUCGACAAUCUGGGCUUCGGCGACCUUGACCCAUCUGGCGACUACAUCGUCUCCACCCGCGUCCGUGUCGGCAGGAGCCACGACAGCUAUGGCUUCCCACCUGUGCUUUCCAAGGACCAAUGUCUGAAGAUGGAGGAAGACACCAAGGCCGCCUUCGAGAAGUUCUCUGGUGAGCUGGCUGGCCAGUACUACCCUCUGGAUGGCAUGACUAAGGAGGUCCAGACACAGUUGACAGCGGACCACUUCCUCUUCAAGGAUGACGACAGAUUCUUGAGAGACGCUCAGGGCUACAAGAACUGGCCCGCUGGCAGAGGCAUCUUCUUCAACAACGACAAGACCUUCCUUGUGUGGGUGAACGAGGAGGACCAUCUCCGUCUCAUCUCCAUGCAGAAGGGCGGCGACUUAGCUGCAGUGUACAAGAGACUCUGCACCGCCAUCAAGACAAUGGAGGGAAGUGGUCUGUCCUUCGCCAAACGUCAAGGUCUUGGCUACCUGACCUUCUGCCCUAGCAACUUGGGCACAGCUCUCCGUGCCUCUGUGCACAUGAAGAUCCCUAAUCUGGCCGCUCAGCCUGACUUCAAAGAAUUCUGUGAGGGCCUCAACAUCCAACCAAGAGGUAUCCAUGGCGAGCAUACCGAGAGUGUCGGAGGCGUGUACGAUCUGUCCAACAAGCGUCGUCUUGGUCUUACUGAGUUCGAGGCUGUACAGGAGAUGCGCAGAGGAGUAGAGGCGUGUCUCGCCAGGGAGAAGGAACUUGCCGCUGCCAAAAAGUAGUUCCUUCUAAUUGAUCAAUAGUUCAACCCAAUCUGUCCUUUUCUAUUGUAUAUAGCCCCUUUUAUUUAUUUGUGUAUGUAUUGGAUGUUGUGAUAUAGGGUAUUGAUAACUUCAGGAGGUGCACGAACACCAUGUUUGAAUUGGGAAAGAAAAUGAAAUAAAGAAUAAUAUAAUGUGAAA